GGCAGAGUGGCAAAACGUCAGAUGGAGAUGUAGAGUUUUGUGUUACAAAAAUAAUUAAAUUUUUUGACUUUUUGUGUUAAUAAUUAUGUGAAUUAUGAGAUGAAAGUGUAAAUAAAUGUUAGAUUAGUGUCCUUGGUGAUUAUGGCGCAUAGUGGUGGUGUUUUGAGUUCGGAUAUAAGUCGACGGAAUCCACAAGAUGAGUAUGAACUCAUUCAACGGAUUGGUUCGGGGACCUACGGUGAUGUCUACAAGGCGAAAAGACUCAAUGGCAACGGUGAACUUGCUGCCAUCAAGGUGAUAAAGUUGGAACCAGGCGAUGAUUUCGCCAUCAUCCAGCAGGAGAUCCUCAUGAUGAAGGACUGCCGUCACCCGAACAUCGUCGCGUACUAUGGCUCGUACCUGCGCCGGGACAAGCUCUGGAUCUCCAUGGAGUAUUGUGGUGGGGGCAGUCUGCAGGACAUCUACCACGUGACAGGUCCGCUGACGGAGCUCCAGAUAGCGUACAUGUGUCGCGAGACGCUCACCGGCCUGUCCUACCUCCACAUGAUGGGCAAGAUGCAUCGGGACAUAAAGGGCGCGAAUAUCCUCUUGACGGAGUGCGGCGACGUGAAGUUGGCCGACUUCGGCGUCUCCGCGCAGAUCACCGCCACCAUCAACAAGCGCAAGUCCUUCAUCGGGACCCCCUACUGGAUGGCCCCCGAGGUAGCGGCGGUGGAGCGGAAAGGUGGUUACAAUCAACUCUGUGAUAUAUGGGCGUGCGGGAUCACUGCCAUAGAAUUAGCGGAACUCCAACCGCCAAUGUUCGAGCUGCACCCGAUGCGUGUGCUGUUCCUCAUGUCCAAGUCGGGCUUCAAGCCGCCGCAGCUCAAGGAGCGCGAGCGCUGGUCUGCGCUUUUCCACGCUUUCCUCAAACUGGCGCUCACCAAGAACCCCAAGAAACGACCCACCGCUGACAAACUGCUGCAGCACGGGUUCUUCCAGCAAGACAUGAGCAAGCGGCUGGCGAUAGAGUUGCUGCAGAAGUACUCCAACCCGCCGAGCCACUGCAACAAUCAGGAACCCGACGAGGAUGGGGCGGUUUCCAACGUACCCCAGCGCAUAGCGUCCAAGCACACAGGCCGCGGCGGGCGACGGGUUCUGGCCGACCAAUCACAGCCCUCCGCUGUCACGCGUAGCGGCCAACCAGCCAAUCACGUGCGGCCGCGGAGUCUGCUGACGGACCACGUGGUGCCGACAGCCAAUAGCGGGCGGCCGAGCUCGUUAUUGGACGACGAUCACGGCAGAAUGAAGGAUGACGUGCUGUAUUCGGGCAGAGAAGCGUCGAACCGCCGGUCGGGCGCGUACGACGACUCGCCCAUCAUUGACUUGGAUGCUGAUGAUGAGCUGAACGCGCACUCCAUGCCCAAGAUCAUCAACUUCUGCGCAGACGUCGCGCACAGCUGCGAGGGGGAUACUGUCAAACGGAAUGUGUACCAUAGACAAUCAAGCGAAGAUUGGAGUGUAGCGUCCCUCAUGACCUGCCCCAAACACAACCCCCUCACCGACCUAACAACGGACACCAUGCCCUCUAGCGAAAACAAGUGGUGUCGGGUGAUCACUGGUGAUGAUAUAAUGAGAAUGAGUCUGAGGAGUCUGUUGCAAUACAUAGACGAAGAGCUGAUGCUCAGGGCAACACUUCCGCUCACAGCCGACACAGCAGCGAUGUCGCAGGCUGGCAACCCAGCGCUAUCGUUGCACGACCAACACUUAUCCCAAUGCAUUCAACUUAAACAAAAUUUCCUUAACAAUUCAACGACUAAUAUCUACCAAAACUUAGCUACGAAUUUCCAAAGUCCCGUAGGAACUUCGAGAGUUUCGAUAGACGAUCCGUUAUGUAGAAAAAUGGAGGAUAUAAUGUACGUUGACCAUCAGGAGAGCGACGCGUUAGUACAGACACCUCAAAUAAGGAACGCGAAUUGCGAAUGUGGGUUAUGUCCAAAGCCAGAGAGAAAGGACGACAACACAUUGAGCGAUUUGCAAAAAUCAGUAGCGAAAUGCUCGUGUGACGCCUGCAACUCCAACGGGGACAUACUUAGUUACUACAGGAACUGUUCAAAUCAAAACCAGGACUCUGGUAUCGUGUUCUGUGAUAUAUGUAAGAAGCAAAAGAUAUCAGUGUCCAACUUCAGAGCGUUGCAGAUUGCUAACAAGUUGAGGAUCUCCGAAGACAAGCUGGAGAACGGCCAAUCAGACGAAGAUCUUUGCAAGAAGAUCGACAUGACGCUCAGCAUGGAUGAGAAGUCAUACGAACACAGGAAGAGGCAUAACAGACAUAACUCCGACUCGGUUACUGCGGGUAUAGACCUAAGUCAGUUCUGCCAGUGCGAGCUGGAAGGUAACAAACGUAAGACGUCUUCAGUGGACGAGAUAUUCAAAAUGGUGGACGAACAGGACAACAAGAGGGUGGAAGAUGAAGAGAGAGUGAGUCAGAGGCAGAGGAGUCUGUCGGACAGCCAGCGGGACAAGGCUAAGGUCGAGAAAGCGCGCACCCCCCCGGGGCCCCCCCGCCGCUCCCGCGGCCGCCGCGCCCACACGCCCCCGCGGCCCGCGCCCAACGGCCUGCCGCCCACGCCCAAGGUGCACAUGGGCGCCUGCUUCUCGAAGGUGUUCAACGGCUGUCCGCUCCGGAUAAACUGCACGGCGUCGUGGAUACACCCUGACACCCGGGACCAACACAUACUCAUUGGUGCUGAAGAAGGAAUCUACACGCUAAACCUGAACGAGCUUCACGAGACGGCCAUGGACCAGCUGUGCCCGCGGCGGACCAUCUGGAUGCACGUCAUCAAAGAUGUGCUCAUGUCACUUUCUGGCAAGACCCCGUCGCUGUACCGGCACGAGCUGCUGGCGCUGCUGGGCAGCGCCCGCGGGGGCAGGUCGCUGCGCGUGCUGCCGCCCCGGCUGCUGCCCAGGAGGUUCGCGCUCACCACCCGGGUGCCCGACACCAGAGGUUGCACGCGAUGCGCGGUGGCCCGCAACCCGUACAACGGGUACAAGUACCUGUGUGGCGCCACGCCGGCGGGGCUAUUCCUCAUGCAGUGGUACGACCCGCUGCACAAGUUCAUGUUGCUCAAGAACAUAGAGUGCACGCUGCCAUCACCUCUCCUCUGCUUCGAGCUGAUCAUCACGCCAGAGCUGGAGUACCCUCUACUAUGCGUCGGCGCAACUAGGAAGCCACUCCGACUCAACCUUAUUAAUAUUAAUUCUGGCGCGACGUGGUUCCACUCGGACGAGCUGGAGGCCCGCGUUGGCAGCUCCAACACCGUCAUCCCGCAGCGGGAGCGGAUGCACACGCUGCGGCACGUGCACCAGCUCAACAAGGACUCGGUGCUAGUAUGCCACGAGAACGUGGUGGACAUAAUCCCGGUACUCCCGCCUGCGCUGGAGCCUGCGCGGUGGCGCGGCGACAACGACAAGCGGCGCGGCAAGCUGCUCAGCAGGAUCGAGUUCGACUUCAACAUCGACUCCAUACUGUGCCUGCAGGACUCUGUGCUGGCGUUCCACCGGCACGGCGUGCAGGGCCGCUCGCUGCGCUCCGCUGACGUCACGCAGGAGAUCACAGACAACUCGCGCGUCUACCGCCUGCUGCCGCACGACAAAGUGGUGGUGCUGGAAUCACAUAGUCUACAAAGUAACACACUGUCGGGCGAAGAUGGCAACGACUUAUACAUCCUAGCGGGCCACGAAGCUUCCUACUAAACCACGGUUAUGGUACGAUCGUGGUAGUAUUUGGUAGGAAUUCCACAAGAAACAUGGCAACACAGCGCCGCAGUAGAUUCUACUCGUAGAAAAUGGUAGCAAUUUCACAGGUGAUUAUGGUAACACUACGCAGAUCGCGUGUGGUAAUAAUUCUACAGGAGAUUAUGGCAACACAUUUUGGUAGGAUUUAUUGACCGAAAUGUGUUAUUUUUGGCAUUUCGUAGUUACGCCUACGCGGAUUAUUGCUAACGAUUAUUCAAACAAGUAAUAAAUGAUGCAUAUAAUUUGACAUCGGGUUUAUGGUUUUAAUAAGUGAAAUUCAAAGGGACUUACAUAAACUCAUGGUUAUGAACAUGUCUCUUGAAUAUAUUCAUAUUUAAACUAAUAUGAUUGUGGACACAUACAAGGGUUCUACGUUAUACCCCGUAGGUCUGGGUCCAUAUUCGAACUCAGCCACAAGCCGCCACGGCAAGGACGCCUAACCUAAACAGCCUAUAUACAUCCCACUGCUGGGUACAGGCCUCCCCUCAAUCAACCGGAGGGGGUAUGGAGCAUACUCCACCACGCUGCUCCACUGCGGGUUGGUGGAGGUGUUUUUUACGGCUAAUAGCCGGGACCAACGGCUUAAAGUGCCCUCCGAAGCACGGAAUCAUCUUAUGAUUGUGGAAAAGAGACUUAUUUUAGAAGAUACCAGCGCUAAAAAUCUUUUAGCUGGGAGUAAAGUGAACACAAUAGGGUAGUUUCCAACUAGUCAAAUCAGUUGCUUUUUACUAAACGUCAAAACAUGGAAUUUGUAUGAGGAAAAGCAACCUGUGACGUCAUAAAAAAAUGUGUCAAAUGUCGCACUUAUUAUUACAUUUUUCUUUAUUAAAAUUCGUAAAUAAGUUAAAUAGAAAAAAAAAUAAAACGUUUUUCUACCUCUAGAUCUGUCUUUAUUUAGUAAUCAGAAUUUCAUAAUUUAUCUUUGACCUAGAAAACUACCCAAUUGUUAAAAGUUCAAAAAAUUUAAUUAUCACGUAGUAAUAAACCAGGGCCAUCUAUAUUGUUUUUGGGGAACGUGGCAUGGAAAGCCCCUCAUUCAUCAUCCCGUUUUUCACAGGGUCCGCUUACCUGACCUGAAGAUUUGACAGGUCCGGUUUUAUACAAAAGCGACUGCCUGUCUGACCUAACCCGCGAAGGGAAAACCAGCCCAAUACAGGUUAGGUCACAUACCUCUGAAAAUGCAUUUCUCGGGAAUGUGGGUUUCCUCACCAUGUUUCCUUCACCGCUGAGCACGUGAUAAUCAUUUAUGAUCCAAACAUGAAUUCGAAAACAAUUUCGACAAUCAUUGGUUUAGAGUCCCUCAUUGAAGACCCAUAAUUUCGGAUUUUAUACGUGGGUGAUUAUACUAUCUUUUUUAGGAAUCAAUGAGGUUGGCUUAGCAUUGGUAAACGGAAAUAAACACGGAAGCAGUCUUGAUACUCGCUGUAGUUGAUCAUUGGCGCCAAAACCCUUACAAAACAAAACACACUUACAGUAGCAAAAUAAUUAAAACACAUAAUAACGGGUUCUUAAGGCUUUUAAAAUGGGGAUAUGAGACUCCCAAAAAAUCCUAUAAUCGUAAAAUAGUGGCAAAAUAAUCGUGCACUAAAAUUUAAAAUUCAUUAAUGUUAUAGGUUUUAUGUUGUCGCUAUUUGUCUGUGCUAAGCAACUUACGCCGUUUCGUAAAUAAGUUGACAUACCGGUAAGUGACAAAAAGGCAAGCGCCGAUAUAUCGAAAUAAUUUCAAAAAACAUGAAUAAAAUAAUUUGUAAUUACUUUAUUACAAUAAUUAUUAAUGUUUUUUGUAAUUAUUUAUUUUUAUUUUGGUGCAAUA